GGAAGGGCUCAUUUUCUGGCUGCCCAAACAGGAUUUUCAACUGCAAAUCAGAUCAGAAAAUCAGUAGAGAGAGAAAGAGAUAGAGAAGAUGGGGAAGCCGCUGGGACCAACGGGAGAGUUCUUCAGGAGGAGGGACGAGUGGAGGAAGCACCCCAUGCUCAACAAGCAGCUCCGCCACGCCACUCCCGGCCUCGGUAUCGCCAUCGUCGCCUUCAGCAUCUACCUCGUAGGCGAAGCCGCCUACAACAAGCUAUACGCUCCUUCCCAUUCUAACUCCCACACCUCUCCUCAAUCUCACUGAGGCGAAUGCUCGGUGGAAGGAGCAAAAUUUGGACCUUGAAGUCGACUCCCUCUCUGUCUGGGUGGGGUAUUCAAUAAAAGCUUUCUUGACAUGGACUUGAGGCCUGGUAAUUUUAUUCUGUGUAAUCUCUAGGAGCCUGAAGUUAUGAAUUGUCAAUUUGGUGUGUUGUCAGUGCUACAUUUGGUGUUUUAAGCUUGCUAGUGCUAUAGCUGCACUUGAUGCUUUAAGCUCUCAACUAAAAAUUUAAUUGCUUUAAGAAUUGAGCAAACCAUAUGGUUGCAACUCUAUUAAUAAAGCAAAAAUUAUUAAAGCCAAA